AGUUUAAUGAGGAAAAACAAAAUGAUAAGAAAAUCAGAAAAAUCACUUAGGCUGGUUUUUACCAUUUUGUUUUCCCCAUAAAAUUCUCCAGGCUUGGUAUAAUUUUCUAAAGUAUAUAAUUCACUGACAUUUAUCUGUAAACCUUUAGUGAGUGUGAUUUGUCCGUGUUUGUUAUUUUAUUGAUGUAUUACUUAUAUUUCAUAGCCAUAGGUCGAGAAAAUUUGCAUUAAUAUUUUAACAAAACGCAAGUUUGGUAUAUUUCAGGUCAUUUUUAAAAGAGAGAGAGACAGAGACUGUAACAUUUUCCAAGUCUAAGGAGAAAAAAAUCUAAUAAAUAUCCACUUUUCUUAAACUGUGACAUAUUUAUUAAGUCUCCACCAUAGAAAAAAAAUUGUUUGUAUCAUCUGUCCUUAAUAAAUAUAAAUUUGUUGCAGCAUGGAAUAAAGUGAAACUCUUUCCCACCCCCAAUACACACAUGUACACCAACAAAAUAUAGUAGUUUCGGAUUUUAAUUUUUAUUUAUAAAAUGCUUUUGUUUUAGCUUGUCAUGUUUUUGUUUACAGGUUAAUACUUAAUUUGAAUUGUUUCUCCCCACCCCCUCCUAAUUCUCACACUUUCAAAAAUCUGCCUCACGUUCGCCUAUCACGCUUUCUAAACUCUACUUCUUCAAAUUCAUUGAUUUAGAGUCCUUUUUUGCCAUUCAUUUAUUGGAAAUUUAUAAGAUGUACAUUAUUUUUUUUUCUGUGAGUGUCCGAAUCUGCAUUUGAAAGGUGAUUGCUUGUGCCCUGUAUAUUAAUAUUUCGAUAUUGUUUUUUGUGUGUUCAUCUAAACCUUAGCUAUAGGGACCAAAUUCUUCUUCUUCUUCCAGUAAUGUGCCUGGCACCAAAUUGAUGUCAAAAACAACUUUUUCUAUCAUUAGUAAUGUAUCAGUGAUGUAUGCAGAAGUUCUUUGAUCUUUUAGUGAUGUAGUACUCUAGAUUGCAUUUUGGUUUAAAUUAUAAAAAAAACAUAUAUAUUGUUUUACGGACCCGGUUUAACUUUCGUAUGCGAUCCACAGAUUCCAGACAGGAUGUAAUAUCUGUACUAAGGGGCGUAACUCUAUAUUCAUUUCCGAUGUAAACAGAGUCAGAAAACGUGUCGACGAAUGCUGCUGCUCAAUGCAAUCUAAUGAAGACAGAAGCUUCCCAGGUGCAAAUCCAAUGGACCAAUGUUUCUACUUGAAGAAAAAUUAAUGAUGCAGUAUUUAUUUUGAUAAAACGCAAAAUAUGAUGAAGUCAGAAAUGAACACUAGAUGAUCGAAGUCUGAAAUAUAAGUGUAGUUCGAAUUUACUCGAAACCUGCUAAAUCAUCCAAAAAAAAACAUUAUUCAGAAAAUUGAAAUGGAGGAAUUUUGUAAAAGCUUGCCCAAAGUUGAAUUACAUGCACAUAUCAACGGAUCAGUUAGUGAGGCCACAAUCCAGAAAUUAUUGGCCAAGAAAAAGAAUUCGGACCAACAGUUCAGCUUCAAGAAAGGAAGUACUGGCACACUUAAAGAGUGCUUUGAAAAAUUCCGCCUUAUCCAUCAGCUAACAGACAAUACUGAAUCGGUUUACCAGGUGACAUGUGAUGUAAUACAUGAAUUUCAUGAUGACAAUGUGAAAUACCUGGAACUCCGGAGCACACCCAGAGCAGUUCAGGAUACAGGCAUGUCACGAGAGAGUUAUGUAGAGUCUGUAUUACGUGCUAUACAAGACUGCGGGGAUUUAGAUAUCAUAGUGCGGUUUCUCCUGGCGAUUGAUCGCCGGAAUGGAGUAAAAGUUGGAUGGGAGACCCUGAGACUUGCUCAGAAAUUCCAAAAAUCACAUGGAGAUCUCGUUGUGGGGAUGGACUUGAGUGGUGACCCAAGUGUUGGUGAUGCCAGGGACUACCUCCCCGUGUUCAGGGAAGCUCAGAAGUCAGGUCUCAAGCUGGCUUUACACCUGUGUGAGAUUCCCGCCCCCGAGGAGACAAUGGAAAUGCUUACCCUGCCCCCAGACAGGAUCGGACAUGGUACCUUUCUACAUACUGAGGCAGGGGGAAACCAGCAAUUUGAAAACACUGUUCUUAAAAACCGUACUCCUCUAGAGCUUUGCUUGACCUCUAAUCUGAUUGGACAGACCGUCCCAAACCUUGACAACCAUCAAUUCAAGUUCUGGUAUGAGAAGGAGCACCCCUGUGUCAUUUGUACGGAUGAUAAAGGUGUCUUUAGUACCUCCAUGUCAGAAGAGUAUCAACUGGCUGCUUCUACUUUUGACCUCAAACAACGUGACCUAUGGAAUCUAUCAGAACAAAGUAUAAACUACACUUUCUGUGAGGAGAAUGUCAAGGAAAAACUAAGAGAUCAAUUUAAAGUAUACAAAUCAAAGAUGGAGGAACAGUUUAAUAUAAAACUGUGACUAGAUCUGUAAUCAAGUAGUCCUUUCACUGUAUUCAGAUUAAAGACCUAAACUGUAUUUGUAGAAUCUUGCCAGUAUUCUUGAGAAUGAAGAUGAAUGUUAAUAAUUUUGCUCCUAAUUUUCUCAGGGACCCAUAUACUAAGUAGUAUAGAACUCCCUGAUUUUAUAUUUUUUCCAUUGAUUGAUAAAAAUUGUGUAUCAAAUUGCAGAAAAAUUAUCAUUUUUGAUAUACAGGUAAAGAAGGAUGGAAUUUUAUUAUCUACCACCAAAUUGACAUUGUUUAUACCUUUAACAACUAAAUUAGCAGAUAUGAAUUUAUUUAUGCCAAGAUGACAUAUUCAUUCAGUGUUUUUAACAUCGCAUAUAGCAAAAUCAGGAUGAUGUUUCAAAUAGUGUACCGGUACCUCAAAUUUGAUUUUUGUUUUCAAUUGUGAUUAAUAACACUUCAUAAACUUGCAACUUUCAUUUAAAUCAUGUGCAUUUGUUUAUUAUUUUACCAUUUAACUGAGCAAAAGUUACGGUUGUAUUUCUUGUUAAUGAUUUAAAAAUAAACCUGUUAUU